AGGUGGAGGCGUCAGGAAGCCCCUCGCUCGUCGAUCCUAGAACCAUACCCCCCCACGCCCCAUUCGCGCCCUUAGCACAUACCACCUAGGAUCUCUCCCGCCACUUUUUUAUUCUCGCUCUCUCUCUGUCUCUCUCCGUCUCUCACGCCGACGCCAUGAGGACUCUGCUGGGAAUCGCUCUCGUCGCCGUCUUGGUCGCCACAGGAUCGGCCAUCAGAUGCUACACUUGCAACAGCCACUUGGAGCCCGACUGCCUCAACCUGGACACCCCGAAGGCUCAGGACUACCUCACAGACUGCGGCGACGAGGCUGACGGCCACAGGUUCACGCUCUGCAGGAAGAUCGAGAUGGCGAUGGACAUGGACUUCGGAGUUGCCCAUCCGUCUGAGACUCGAGUCCACCGCGCCUGUGGCUGGGAAGAGAACGACGAGGACGGCAAGGAGUGUUAUUACAAGAGCGGCUACAACACCCGCUCCUGGGUCUGUGCUUGCAAGGACGACGGCUGCAACUCGGCCAGUCUCCCGGCCGCCACUUUCGUUGCCGUCCCGUUGGCGGUCCUGACUCUGGCCUAUAGGGGGGUUUAUUAGCCACAGGGACCCUAGUGUUUAAUAAUGUUUUUUUUUUCCUGUGCUCUACCUACUACUCCUCCUGUUCCUGUUCUUUGUUUUUGUUUUUGUUUUUUUUCUCUUUCUCUUUUUCGUUCCUGUCGACUUCGCUGCCGCCUCCUCAGCGACUCGGGUUUUUUUUCUUUUCAUUUCUAUUAUAUAUGGCAUUGCCUUUGGUAUCCAUUGGCAUCCAUCUCUCCCUCCCUCCCUCCCUCUCUCUCUUUCUCUCUUUCGGGUAUUUUGCCCUUCCUUCCUCCCAUUUUCUUUCCCGCCCUCCCUCUCUCUUCUCCUUAUUUUCUUAAACACAAGAAAAAAAAAGAAAACUCACCCUCCCUCCCACCUCCCACCCAACUACCAUCCAUUCCUCGUAGUGAUCUAGUAAUUAAAAAAAAAUAAAAAAAUAAACAAAAGAAGUAUAAAAAAAGACAGAAUAUUUAGCACACACUGAUGAGACUCGUUUUCUGCUUCGUGAGGUAGUGAAUUCCGUUUUCUUUGAUGCGCGUUUUCUUUACUGGUAUUAUUUGUUCACCGGAUUUUUCGUUUUUGAUUUUUUAAACUCCCUCUCCUAUUUUUCCUCUUUUUUAUAUAUAUUUUUUUGCCAGGUAGUUUGUAUCCGGUAAUUAAGAGAUCCCUUUUCCCCUUCAUUUGGGGCUUUGGGGAUCCCUCGUAGUCCUUAUAGACUUUGCUGUAGAAGAGUAAUAAAUGUAGGAACCAGAAGCCUGUUAAUCGUAGCGUAGACUAAAGUAAAAAGAAGAAAAAAAAAUAAUUGUUAAUUGUUGCGACAAAAAAAAAAUAACAACCUUAGAGCAUGUAUGUUAGUUCCUUACUGAUUUCUGUUUGAUCUGUAUAUUUAGAGGUCUUAACUUUCGAAGAGGAAGAAAAGAGCUAAAUGGGAAAACAAAUGACGUGCGAUUUGGUCACGUGACAGUGGAAGGAGGAAAACGCGGCACCGAAAUGUAAAUGUAGAUCGAGUAAAAAGUGAUUUCUCAUUUAACAUUUUCUCUUCCCAAAAACAACAACGGGAAAAUUACUAAUGUGAAAUCACCCUUUACUGUUUUUUUUCUUUUUAUUUUUUUUUGCUUUUUCUUUUGUUUUGUUUUAUAUAUAUAUAUAUAUAUGUAACGAAGACUGACAGACGUUUGAAACCUCGAGCGAUCUCAACGCACCUUUCUGAGCAACGCAAUAACGACCCGUCUAUUUGUAGUCAUAAGAAAUCGUGAGAGAGAGAAAAAAAAUAUGUUUGAGAAAUUGUUGACGGAGAAAAUUGUUGUGAUAUAUUUUUUAACGAUUUAUUUCCAAUACGAAGAGAAAACUAAUUUUAAACAGAUGGAUAAAUUCUAUGAAGAGAUUAUAUAUAAAAAUAUAGAUAUAAAUAUAUAUCUGUAUAUAUCUAUAUAUAUUUAUCUAUAUGCAUAUAUAUAUAUAUAUAUAUAUAUAUAUAUAUAUAUAUAUAUAUAUAUAUAUAUAUAUGUAUAUAGACUAAGAAACCUCGACAACAUCGAUAUAUUAGAGGGAACUUUACCGCCCAAAUAUUCCUUGCCAUUUGAAAUGUCACACCCGUAACGGCCACAAAAUUAAAUUCCUUACUCCGUUUACAACAAAAAUCUUUUUAAUUAGAACAAACAUUGUGGGAAAAAAAGACCAAGCGAAUAGACUCAUUUUAUUUCGUUUUAUAAAGUAAAGAAAGAAAGAAAGAAAAAAAAUGCGUCCGUCACCCACCGCGAUCGUGCGUGGUUAACAAGCCUAUUUUUAUUUUUAACUUCGCGGCGUGAGGAACCAAGACUUGAAGAGCUUAAAUUUCUGAUUUUUUUUAGUUGGUUUAUUACUCAUGAGUCCGAAUGAGUCAGAGGAAUCGAUGAGUCAGAGAUGAGUCACGAGUCCUUUCAUUCACAUAAGUCGAGGACGCAAAGUGAGUACGGACCUAAAAAAUAUUUUUCCCGUAAGCCAUCGAAUUUUAAAGAACACCACAAAGUUGUCGAGUCUCAAAAAAGAGAGAAAAACAAAACAUAAAAACAAUAUGAGUCACUUUUUUUCUUUCUUUUCCAUAUUUUUAAAAUUAUUUAUCUAUUUAUUUAUUUUUUGAAUAAUGACUCUUGACACUCGUUUUCGUUUUCGGGUCAAGUCGCGUGGAUGAAUCUGGGUGACAUUUGACCUCCCUCCCUCCCCCCCCCAACCCCCUUUUUAACCCCUCCCCCCCCAACCACCACCACGGUAAGGCCUAGGGAGAUAUAAGACCUUUUGUGCGGGUUUGUGCUAUUUCAGUUUAGAGUAACUCAAAGAAAGAUGUUUAAAAAAAAAUGAUAAUAAUGUUGGAGUCUACCUUGUAAAAAAAAUAAAAAAAGAGAGAGAAAGAAUAUAUACUAUUUUGUAUUGGAUAAUAUUUUCAUAACUAUUGCGUAAAGAAGAUCAUUGUGAAAGUGUGAAAUAAUAAUAAUAAAAAAAAAAGAUUAUAUAUAUAUUGCCGUUAAAGUUACAUCUAUGAAUGACUGGUUUACCCUCCCUUCCCCCAUUAUAAUUUUCCUGCAUGUAAAUAAAAGCUAUACAGUUAAAUAAC